GUGAAACCCUAACUCUACUUCCUGUAGUAAUAAGCAAACAUCAUAGACCAGAGACAACCAUGUAAAAGGGGUCUGCUUUGGGAAAAAGAAGAUAGAACUUGAAAAAACAUGGUGGAUGUUGAAAAACUAAGUGACUUUGAACUUCUGGAGCAACUUACCAAGCAUGGACUCAAACCUGGUCCAAUAUUACCUUCCACAAGAAAAGUUUAUGAGAAAAAACUCCUGCAGAUAUUGAACGUAAGACCAUCAAAGCCAACCGUGAAGAAGGCAAUUGGAGACCUUGAACAUUUUCCUGAAAAUGAGGAAGAAGAGUAUUUUUCCGAUUCUGUUUUGGAACCUGGCAGUCUCGAAAUGACAUCAGAAAAAACCCAAGAAGAAGGAAAAGUAUGUAACACCGUAGAUGUGAAUAUUUUACUUAUAGAGGUGGACGCUAAGCUUACUCAACCAGAAAUUCAUGGACAAGAUGAAAUGAAAGGAAACGUUAGUCCUAAAGGAAAAAUGAAACACCAGUUUCUUCAUAACAAGACACCUGAGUCUACUUUUGUGGGGGAAUAUGAACUGAUAAUCUACACUCCUGACCCUCGCUCACCGUUUGGAGUAAGGCCUUCCAAGAAGAAGUUGAUAAAAGAAGAGGUCCCACCAGCCCAACCAGAGGAGCCCAAAACGGAGGUGGUCACACCCCCUCCGCAGAUGGAGACAGAGGUAGCCAAUGAGGAGGUUGUUGAAGAGCCAGAAAUGCUGAUUCCCAAAAUUGAACCAGAUGAAGGGCUUCCUUUGGCCUUUCGAGCUGCUGUGUUUGGCAUUUUUGUUUUCGUACUUCUUGUCUAUAUAACCAUGGAAACCAAUCCUGAAAACCCCUUCACUAAAUUCCUCAGGAAGAUAGGAUAAUCAUUGAAGGCAGUAUGGUUAAAUAACGCACCUUUCCUCCUUCAGCUCCUGAACAAGUAGAAUGGUUACUGAAUAAAAAACCUGAAGGAGAAACAAAA